UAUUAUAUAAAUACAUAUAGAUCUUAAGUGCACAGUUUGAUUUAACUGAUCUUUUUAAAGCCCUUAUUUCUUAAUUUCUAACUCAGUUAAAAGUAGUCUACAGAGUGCUUUAUAUGCAUUUUCUUUUUAAUCCUCCACAAAACUCUAAGGGUGUUAGCAUUAUUAUUAUUCCCUUUGUACCUAUGCGGAAACUGAAGAAUAGAAAAGUUAAGUAACUAGUUCACAUUUCUGAUAUGAGGAAAAUUUGAAAUUGAAUUUAAAUCUGAGCCUAAUGCCCCAGUUCUUAACCAAUAAGUGACACUGGCAGGCAUUAACUGGUAGCACUGUCUUCCUGAGGAAGUAAAAGUCAUCUAAAAUUCCUAUUUCAUGAACUCUACUCCCAUGUUAAAAUAUAACUUCUAGCCUAUAGUUCAUAUGUUUCUAUACCUAUUGCCACACUGCUGGACCAAAAAAACUCAAAGUCCCUAUAGAAGUAGUGACCUAAGAAAGGUAGAUCAGCACCACAAUUGAUCUCCAUCAUGAGGGAAUCAGCCCAAUUAUCUUUCUGUACCUUCUCAACAUGUCAUAUUCAUUACUGCAGAAAUGAGUCUCCUGAAUAGAGAGUAGUUUGUAUUUCUCGAAAUUUUUUGUUCUUUCUUUAGCUUUUUUCUUUGGAAUUUGCUCUAUUAUAUACAUUUUUAUAAGCUCCUUAUUCAAAUUAAAAACACUAUAUUCAUUUUAGCAUAUCUUUUGCUUGAAAGUAUUCACUAUUCAAGUAUUAAUUCUAAAUGAAAUGACUGAUUUCAGAAAAGUAUAGGUAAUGUUGUGGAGAAAUUUUUAUCACUUAAUAACUUAGAGAUUCUGGAAAUUUAGUAGGGAAAAACCUGAUGGGCUCCAGUUACUUUCUGUUAAAAUGAACCAUUUGUUUUUGGAAUCUCCUCCUUAAAAUUAUGCUGAAAAAUAUAUGUGGGUCAUAAAUGGCUUCGUUCUGAGAGGAUGAAUCAGACAUUCUCCAAAUUUGUUGCAAUAAUAUUAUUCUUGUAGAAGUGAUGAAUUUAUGUUGAUUCAGCUGCUGAGUGAUUGAGAAUCCAUGCUUGGGCUGAAUUAGUUUUCUAUUGCUACUUUGCCAAAGUACCAUUAAUGUAGCGGCUUAAAACAAUACAAAUUUAUUGUCUUACAAUUCUGUAGAUGAGAAGUUCAAUACAGGUCUAAACCAGACUAAAAUCAAGGUGUUGACAGGCUUACAUUCCUUUCUGGUAGCUCUGGGGGAGAAUGCAUUUCUCUGUCUUUUCCUGCUUCUAGAAGCCACCCACAUUCCUUUGGUUGUAGCCUCCUUUCUCCAUAUUCCAACUCAGCAACAUUGCAUCUCUCUGACCAAUCUUUCAUAGUCACCUCUCCCUCUGACCAUAGCUGGGAUAAGUUCUCCACUUUUUGGACCUAUAUGGUUAGAUUAGGCCCAUCCAGAUAAUCCAGGAUAAUCUUCCCCUCUCAAGGUCCUUAACUUAAUCACAUCUACAAAGUCCCUUUUGUCAUGUAAUGUAACUUAGAUACAAGGUUCUGGAGAUGAGGAUAUGGACAUCUUUGGGGGAAGGGGUGGCAUUAUUCUGCCAACCACAAGCUAGCUGCUUGGAAGAGAGUUAUCCAGUCUGGUGGUACUACCUGUGGCCAAACGAGGGAAUGUGAAGAUCUUUGUAACAGGAAUUUAGGCCUCAUGAGUUAGGUGUUUUUACUCCAGAUAAGGUUAAAUAGGAAGACUUCUAAAAAUUAUUGACAAUAACAUUGAAUUGAUAAAGAUAAGAAUAUUUAUUGCAAUCCAAUUCAAAUUAUGCAUACAGAAUGCCCCAACAAAAGAAUCUCAAAACACAGUAGAACCAACCUUGAGUUCUAUUUGGUAAGUAAAUUUCCAAUAAUUUGAAAGUUGUGAAAAUCCACAGUUUUCAUGCUUAAGUGUAGGAAAGAAAAGGAAGUAAACUACUCUUUGAUAAAGCAUUGGUUAAAUAUUCCUUUUAGAACUGCCACUGAUUGCAAUUUUACAAUGUCCAUGCACUUGUAAUUUGAUAAAAUGUACCAUGAAAAAUAUCUAGUUGUGAAAUGGUUCCCAUGUAACUUCAGAAACAUUUUGCUUCUAUGUGCAUAUUUUUCUAAGCUUAAGUGUUGAUUAAAUUAUUUUAUUUAAUUGUUAACAUCUCGGCCACACUGAACAGUCAAUAAUGUGACAGUUUGUUCUUUGUAUUCCUUCCUGUACAAUGACACAGGGGCCUAUCUGAACCCAUAAAAAUAAUAUGAAAAUAUAACUCAGUGUUUUACAUUACAAAACACAGUUUGCACAGCUUAUUUGGUAUGUCUAGAAUUUUGCCUCCAGUAUUAAACCACAAUAUGUAAGAAUCAGUGGGAACACGUGGUGGCGCUGCAGGUUUAAGAUAAAGGAAAACAGAAUUGCCUACGCAGCUCCAGUACCUAGCUAACACCACCGCCCAGAAGGGAAAGAAAACCUUUCAGCUAGAGCAAAAGCGGAUGUUAGACCUCUUUUAAAAUCUAAUAAAUGUCAUAGUUUUGACGUUCUGGACUUCAGGACCGUGCUACCAGGAUCUUGGCCAUAAUUGAAGCUCCUGUGAACCAAAUUUGCAGGAAAGAGCAAUGGAGAUUGGAUGGAUGAGCAAUCGGAGACAAAGGCAAGUCCUACUUUUCUUUGUUUUGCUGAUCGUGUCUCUGUCGGGCGCCGAGUUGGGGCCCUAUUCAGUGGUGGAAGAAAUGGAGCGAGGCUCCUUUGUGGCAAAUCUAGGAAAAGACUUGGGUUUGGGAUUGACAGAGAUGUCCAUGCGCGGGGUCCGUAUCAUUUCUCAGGGGAACAAAAAGCACUUGCAGCUCAAGGUUCAGACUGGGGAUUUGCUUAUAAAUGAGCAAUUAGAUAGAGAGGAGCUAUGCGGCCCCACUGAGCCCUGCGUACUACAUUUCCAAGUGUUAAUGGAAAAACCCUUAGAGAUAUUUCAGGCUGAACUGAGGGUGAGAGAUAUAAAUGACCAUUCUCCGGUAUUCACUGACAGAGAAAUGACCGUAAAAAUACUGGAAAACAGUCCUCUAGGAAAUGUGUUCCCUUUGGAGAAUGCUCUGGACUUGGACAUAGGAAGCAAUAAUGUUCAGAAUUACACAAUUAGUCCCAACUCCUAUUUCCGGGUUCUAACCCGAAAACUCAGGGACGGCAGGAAAUACCCCGAGCUGGUGCUAGAUAGAGAGCUGGACCGGGAGCAGGAGCCUGAACUCAUAUUAACCCUCAAAGCGCUGGAUGGCGGCUCUCCGCCCAGGUCUGGGACAGCUCAGGUCCGCAUCGAAGUGGUGGACACCAACGACAAUGCCCCUGAGUUUGAGCAGCAUCUCUACAAGGUGCAGAUUCCCGAGAACAGCCCGAUAGACUCCCUGCUUGUCACUGUCUCUGCCAGCGAUUUAGAUAGUGGAGUAAAUGGAAAAAUAUCCUAUACACUCUUUCAACCUUCUGAAGAUAUUAGCAAAACUUUGGAGGUAAAUUCUAUGACAGGAGAAAUUCGACUGAGAAAACAAGUAGAUUUCGAAAGAAUUCUGUCCUAUGAAGUGGACAUCAAGGCCACAGAUGGGGGAGGUCUUUCGGGGAAAUGUACUCUUCUGGUGCAGGUGGUGGAUGUGAAUGAUAAUCCCCCAGAAGUGACCAUGUCUGCCCUCACCAGCCCCAUCCCAGAGAACUCGCCUGAGAUUAUAGUUGCUGUUUUUAGUGUGUCGGAUUCUGACUCCGGGGAAAAUGGAAAGACGGUUUGCUCCAUUCAGGAUGACCUUCCCUUUCUUCUGAAACCUUCAGUCAAGAAUUUUUACACCCUGGUAACGGAGACAGCACUAGAUAGAGAAGUGAGAGCCGAGUAUAACAUCACCAUCACAGUCACUGACUUGGGUACCCCCAGGCUGAAAACUGAGCACAACAUAACCGUGCUGGUCGCCGACGUCAAUGACAACGCGCCGAACUUCACCCAAACCUCCUACACCCUGUUCGUCCGAGAAAACAACAGCCCCGCCCUGCACAUCGGCAGCGUCAGCGCCACUGACAGAGACUCGGGCACCAACGCCCAAGUCACCUACUCGCUGCUGCCGCCCCAGGACGCGCACCUGCCCCUCGCCUCCUUGGUCUCCAUCAACGCCGACAACGGGCAUCUGUUCGCGCUCAGGGCCCUGGAUUACGAGGCCCUGCAAGCGUUCGAGUUCCGCGUGGGCGCGGCCGACGCGGGCUCCCCGGCGCUGAGCAGCGAGGCGCUGGUGCGCGUGGUGGUCGUGGACGACAACGACAACUCGCCCUUCGUGCUGUACCCGCUGCAGAACGGCUCUGCGCCCUGCACAGAGCUGGUGCCCAGGGCGGCCGAGGCGGGCCACCUGGUGACCAAGGUGGUGGCGGUGGACGGCGACUCGGGCCAGAACGCCUGGCUGUCCUACCAGCUGCUCAAGGCCACGGAGCCCGGGCUGUUCGGCGUGUGGGCGCACAACGGCGAGGUGCGCACCGCCAGGCUGCUGAGCGACCGCGACGCGCCCAAGCACAGGCUCGUCGUGCUGGUCAAGGACAACGGCGAGCCGCCGCUCUCGGCCAGCGUCACGCUGCACGUGCUGCUGGUGGACGGCUUCUCCCAGCCCUACCUGCCGCUCCCGGAGGCGGCCCCGGACGAGGCCCAGGCCGACUCGCUCACCGUCUACUUGGUCAUUGCCUUGGCCUCGGUCUCGUCGCUCUUCCUGUUCUCGGUGCUGCUGUUCAUCGCGGUGCGGCUGUGCAGGAGGCGCAGGGCGGCCUCGGUGCCUGAGGGCCACUUUCCGGGCCACUUGGUGGACGUGAGCAGCACCGGGACCCUGUCCCAGAGCUACCAGUACGAGGUGUGUCUGAUGGGAGGCUCAGACACCAGCGAUUUCAAGUUCUUGAAGCCAAUUGUCCCCACCUUAGCUCCCUAGGGUCCUGGGAGGAAAUUUGAAGAAAACUCCACCUUCCUAAAUAGCUUUGCAUUUAAUUGAUAGGAAUCCAUCUAAUAAAGACAUUUCCUUUUCUAGAAUUUUCUUGUUAAUUAACUAAAUUGUUUAUGCCCACCACAGCCAUAAAAUACUAUUUAAUUUCUUCCAUUUGAUUGAUCCUUAAUUCCCAAUUUUAUGUCUAACUUCGCCUUUCCUUUCCCUCACAUUUCAGUCCAAGAGUUUUUUUUUUUCCCAGUAGAAUCCCAGUGAGUGAAAUAGGAUUUA